AUGGCGCCGCUGAGCGAAACGUUUGGGAGAAGGCCGAUGUAUGUUGGGGGGUUGACUGCGUUUCUGGGGCUGAUUCCGGUGGCGGCGCUGGCGACUGAUAUCACGACGAUUCUGAUCGCGAGGUUUCUGGGUGCGGUGGCUGGCAGCGUGAUGCUGUCCAACACGGGCGGCUCAAUUGCUGAUAUCACGGCACCGAAAUACUUGCCCCUGGCGCUGUCGGUCAUCUCUUUUGGGCCGCUCAACGGGCCUGUGUUAGGGCCGAUGCUGGGCGGCUUCGUGGUCGAGGCCUGGGGAUGGCGAUGGCUUAACUGGCUCUCCCUCAUCUCGACAGCCGUAGGCGCCAUCUUCAUCAUGACGGUCCCCGAGACAUACCGACCAGCCCUCCUUCGCAAACUGGCAGUAACACGACGCAUGUCCCGAGACGACACCCGAUACUGGUCCGAUUUCGACACCAAAGUCGGCCUCCUACGGAGGGUGCGAACGGCCAUCUCGCGCCCAUUCGUCCUCUCCUUCACCGAGCCCGUCCUCUUCCUGUGGAACGUGUACAUCUCGGUCAUCUACGCCGUGGUGCAGCUGGCCUACGUCGCGUUCCCAAUCAUCUACCAAGACGGGCGUGGGUUCUCUGUAGCCAUCUCCGGGCUCGCGUACGUCGGUGUCUUUGUCGGCAUCAGUCUGACAGGGCGGCCCGAACCCGAAGCGACGGUACUCAUCAUCUGCAUCGGCGCGGUGAUGGAGCCUCUGGCGCAGUUCAUGUUUGCGUACACGGCGCUGCCGGUGGAUAUUCCGGUGUAUUGGAGCGUCGCUUCGGGGAUUCCAUUCGGGUACGGCUUUGGUUUGGUGUUCAUUUACGGCACCAGUUACAUCGCCAGCGUGUUCGGGUUGUAUGCGACUUCGGCGUCGGCGGGAAACUUGGUAUUCCGGUCCAUCUUUGGAGCGGUGCUGGUGUUGGUGGGCAAGUCCAUGUAUGCGGCGCUGACGCCGCGAGGGGCGGGCAUUACGCUGGGGGUGAUUGAGGCGGCGUUGCUGCCGAUUCCACUGGCCUUCUACAAGUGGGGAGGGGGCAUGAGACGUCGGAGCACCUUGAUCCGCACUUUGGAGGAGUCGGCUCGCACAGGGUGA